AUGAAAGCCAACUAAGAAAGGUAGAAAAAGAAUGAUCCAAAUAGAGUUGAAAUUUACUCACAUCAGAUAUUUAAUGCUACCUCAGAUAUCAUGAAGGGCUUAGAUAAAAUGAGCUUUUAACAAAGUAAAGAUAUGAUUGGGAAAAGUUUAAGAUAAGACUAUAGCAUUCUUGAAUAGGCUGCUUAGUAAAAUCAAAAUAAAUAUACAGCUGAAGUUGCUCAUCAAGUUCAAGUUGACCAGUCCUUAUAAUUGAUACCCUGUCCAUAUGUGAAAGCUUCAUCUCAUAAGAAGUACACACUAGUCUUAGAUUUGGAUGAAACUUUGUUGCAUUACUACGAAAUAAAUGAAUAUGAUGGAGAUUUGAGAAUUAGACCAGGGGCUGAUGAUUUCCUUAAAUCAUUGUCUGAAUACUAUGAAAUCAUUAUUUUCACAGCAGCUAUGCAAGACUAUGCUGACUGGGCUUUAGAUCACUUCCAGAAUAAAAGCUGCAUCUCAUAUAGACUUUAUCGUUAGCAUGCCUCACCUUUCGGGGGAUUCUAUGUUAAAGACCUCUCUAGAAUAGGUAGAGAUAUCUCAAAAACUAUAAUUGUUGAUAAUAUUGCUGAAAAUUUCUAGCUCUAGCCUGAAAAUGGGAUAUUUAUUAAAAGUUGGUUCAUAGAUCCUCAAGACACAGCCUUACUUGAGUUGGCUCCACUUCUUAUAUCUAUAGCUGAAAGCAAUGUAAAUGAUGUCAGAGAAGCCUUGAAACUAUUCAGGCUUCAUAUGCUUGAACAAAUGGCCAAAGGUGUAAUGAACCCAACAAUGUAUCUCACUCAAAACAUUAAGGAAAUACUUAAAAAGUAUAGUGAAUCAUUAUCUGCUACAGAAACAAAACUUCUAGAAAAGAAUUCAUAGAUCAAAGCCUGA